UUGAAAAUUUAAUAGAAUGUUUCAUUAAUUAUUAUCGCUUAUUUUGUUUUUUGCAUUCGCGACGACAUCGUUGUAUCCAUUUUUUUAAUUCCAUCUCGUGGGAUUUAGAUGUUUCAGGGAUCGAACUUUUUAAUUCUUGAAAUACACUGUCGUGAGACUGAUCAUUCGAUUGAUUAUUUGAUGCAAUAUUAAUAUUCUGAUAUCUCUCUAAAUCACUAAAUGUUUCAAUAGCAGCGUCGUCCAUUUGACGCAUACGCUUUGAUGGAGGCUCGCGAAGAGAAGAUCCAAUAUCAUCAGAAUCAUCAUGAACUUUACGAAUAGAUUUUUCAUGCCGAUCCUCAUAUUAAGAAGUAAUGGAUACAACAAUAAUAACAACAAUAACAACAACAAUGAAGAAAGAAGGAAUAAAAUAUACGAAAAGGUCAAAGAACGCGAAUAUUAUUCCUAUUUCCGUUUAACCCUUGAACAAAGUCCAUCGAUCUCUUGGCCAUUAAUCAUUGGACAUAAGGAAACAUGGAAGUGUCAGGUGCUCGCUGUCCCACAACAUUGAAAGCGGCCAUUCGUAUAUGCAUUACCGUAGAAUGAACGAUCGUAAGGAAGUUAAUGUUUUCUGUCGCUUAUAUGGACAGAUAUUCAGAUGAAAUCCUAGAAAAUCGUACGAAAAUUAAAAAAAAAAGAAAAAGAAAAGAAAAACAAA